CAAACAUCAUUCUCACCCUCCAACAAUCUCUCUCUCUCUCACUCUAAAAAACCCAAUUUCAAACAAAAUGGCGCCAAAGGUAGCAGAGAAAAAACUCGCCGAGAAGAAGCCAGCAGAGGAGAAAAAAACCGCAGCCGCCGAGAAGAAGCCGAAAGCCGGGAAGAAGCUACCAAAGGAAGCCGGCGCGGGAGCCGCCGACAAGAAGAAGAAGAGGAGCAAGAAGAGCGUAGAGACAUACAAGAUAUACAUAUUCAAGGUGUUGAAGCAGGUGCAUCCGGAUAUCGGAAUAUCAAGCAAGGCUAUGGGGAUUAUGAACUCCUUUAUUAAUGAUAUUUUUGAGAAGCUUGCCCAGGAAGCUUCUAGGCUUGCAAGGUAUAAUAAGAAGCCUACGAUUACGUCUAGGGAGAUUCAGACCGCGGUCAGGCUGGUGUUGCCCGGUGAGUUGGCGAAGCAUGCUGUUUCUGAAGGGACCAAGGCUGUGACAAAAUUUACUAGUUCUUAGAUCUUGGGAUUGUUAGGUUUUUAUGUUUUUAUGUUUUGGUUUGAUCUUAGAGUUGAGGGUAAAAAACAUGUUCACGUUUCUUGAUGAAUUGUUUUGUGUAUGUGCUGAAAUGGGUAUGAUUGUAUUUUAAUGUUAAUGUGUCGAUGUGU